AUGGACAAGACCUUCAGUUCUUAUUAUGAGCUUAGGACACUGAUAUGUCAUGUUUCUUUGUUUACUACCAGUGGCUUUAAGAAUCCUUCUGCAAUUCAACAAAGAGGAAUUGUUUCCUUCUGUAAGGAACUUGAUGUUAUUCAGCAAGCACAGGCAGGGCCUGGAAUGACUGUAGCUUUAUGUUCUGGAAUUUUACAACGGCUUGUGUAUAGUUUCCUUGAGUGUCAGGCUUUGGUUCUUUCUCCAACUAGAAAAGGAGCACAGAAAAUUGAAAAGAUGUUGGGAGCACUGGGAUGCUAUCUGGGUGUGAAGGUUUAUGCUGCUACUGGAGCAACUAGUGUUUGUGAGCAUCAACAAGAUUUUUCAAAUGGCUUCCAUGUCAUUGUGGGUACUCCAGGUUGCAUUCUUGACAUGUUACUGCUCCUCCCUAGCUUCCUUAGGAUGUUUGGGUUGGGUCAUGCAGAUGUGAUGCUGGAUCAGAUGUUUGCAUGGCUACUGAGGUGGUUGUUGACUGGUUUGCCGACCAAGGGGCCUUCUUUCUUUCUUUCUGUUGAUGGCAACUGUUAUUUUGAUUGCCAAAGCAUGCUUAAGUUUAUUGAUAACAAUCAUAAUCUGUGGUUGCAGGUUUUUGACAUCUUCAAACGUCUUCCUUCAAGGAUUCAGGUCAAGAAAGUAUUCCAGCUUCUUCCAUCCAAGUUACAGGUUGGGCUUUCUCUGCUACAAUGCCGUAAGAUUCAGUAUAAACCCGUAAGGAUUCUUCUGAAGCAAGAUGAGCACAUCGGCAAACAUAUUAAGCAGUUCUACGUUGAUGUGGAGGAAGAAAUGAAGUUGGAGUCCCUGGUCAAUCUCCAUGAUGCUUCGGCCACCACUGAAAGCAUCAUCGUCUUUGUUACAGCAAACACAAAGCUCUCCCUGACUGACAAUAUUAGGACAUGGCUCAGAACAAAUGGGAUGCGCUCAUGCAUGAACUCGAAUCAGGUUGUUCUCGUGUUCUUGUCGCCACCGAUCAUAAAUUAUGAUCUGCCAGCUCGUGCCAGAAGAAGUGUAUGUUUUGGCAGGAGGAAGAAUGCUGUAUGACAAAGAGGAUGUGUUCAUGAACUCUCUCUCUUCUAC